GUUCUCGUUUUCGUACAAUUUCGUGCGUCAACUGUUAAUCUUCAAAAACUUACAAAUUAUAACAAAUAAUGUAUUUUUUAUUAAUUUAGGUUUAUAAUUAUUUAUUUUUCUACAGAAUAUGCGUGAUUUGAACAAUGCCAUCACGUCAGUGCGGCCGAAUUCAAUCACGUGUCGAUUUUUCUUUUGUUGUUAUAAUUUUUUACGUGUUUUGUGCGUCCGGUGCGGGUACGGCGGCCACGGCUGGUGGUUAGCGGCGGGUGCGAGGAAAAGAAAAAAGGGACAGCAAUGAUUCAGCCUCAAAAUUUGUGAACGUCUUCCGCUGUCUACCCGAACGGCGACGGUGCCACAACCCCCUACAAAAUGGACGGGGGCAUGGGAGACUGCAGCGACCUGGACAGGCAGAUCGAACAGUUGCGGCGCUGUGAGAUCAUCAAGGAGUCGGAGGUGAAAUCGCUGUGCGCCAAGGCCCGCGAGAUACUCGUCGAAGAGAGCAACGUCCAACGAGUUGACUCUCCUGUCACCGUGUGUGGGGACAUCCACGGCCAGUUUUACGACCUGAAGGAGCUGUUCAAGGUGGGCGGGGACGUGCCGGACACCAACUACCUCUUCAUGGGCGACUUCGUCGACCGGGGCUUUUACAGCGUCGAAACCUUCCUGCUGCUACUGGCGCUCAAGGUGCGGUACCCCGACCGCAUCACCCUGAUCCGGGGCAACCACGAGAGCCGCCAGAUCACUCAGGUGUACGGCUUCUACGACGAGUGCCUGCGGAAGUACGGCUCCAUCACCGUCUGGCGCUACUGCACCGAGAUCUUCGACUACCUCUCCCUCUCGGCCGUCAUCGACGGAAAGAUCUUCUGCGUGCACGGCGGCCUGUCCCCGUCGAUCCAGACCCUGGACCAGAUUCGGACCAUAGACCGGAAGCAGGAGGUGCCCCACGACGGACCCAUGUGUGACCUCCUCUGGUCGGACCCCGAGGAUACCCAGGGCUGGGGGGUGAGCCCCCGGGGGGCAGGCUACCUGUUCGGCAGCGACGUGGUGUCCCAAUUCAACACGACCAACCACAUCGACAUGAUCUGCCGGGCCCACCAGCUGGUCAUGGAGGGCUACAAGUGGCACUUCAACGAGACCGUGCUCACCGUCUGGUCUGCCCCAAACUACUGCUACAGGUGCGGGAAUGUGGCGGCCAUCUUGGAACUAGACGAGCACUUGCAACGGGACUUCACAAUAUUUGAGGCGGCUCCCCAGGAGAGCAGGGGCAUCCCCACCAAGAAGCCACAGCCGGACUACUUCCUGUGACGGCCAGCUUUGUCUACUCGGAGUGCUCUCGGUUUCUUCCGGGGACAACGACCCUCCCUUGCGGACGCGACGUCCGAAGCGCUCCGCCCCGCCGGCUCCAGGCGUCGGGCCCGUUCUGUCGGCCGGACGUUGAUCCCACUCCUCUCCCCUAUCAAGCCCAUUGUCCAAAGUUUUCCGUGUUUUUCGUCAUUUCCUCGCAUACUCGACGGGAAGGGGAUUUCUACGAAUUGCUGGGGCGUGGAAGACGGACUGUUUUGGUUUUCCGUGUUCCGUCGCUUCCUUACAGCGGCGGGAGGAAUUCUCGGUUGCGAAAGCACGUCUGACAGUUCUACGUCGUUCCUACUUUCCUAAAAAUACAGACCUUUUCGUCUGGUCCCUUUUCUUUUCUUAAAAAUGUGCGUUUUCAUUUUACUUCAGAGUUUUUGAGGGCGUUAUCAUUGUACAGUUUGUGAACUCGCAUUGCGUCUUUAGGUUCUCUGCCCCCGCCUUGUUACAAAAUUUUUUAUUAAUUUUUUUUUUUACAGUGGUUAAUUGAGGCGUGGUGAUGAUUAGGUGUGGAAUGAAACGGUGUUUAAAUAAAAUGUGUGCACAUGUUUA